CUCUAACUAUGGUUACCAUGUUAAUUUUCUGUAAGAGUGACAGCCUUAAUCUGCUGUCAGACUCCAUCUGUUUCCUUGGAUUUAAUCUGGUUAGCUCUUGGAUGGCACCAAUUAAUCUCAAACUGCACAAACCAUAAGGGAGCUGCAUGACUGACUGUUCGAGCACUUAACGUAGUCUGCCAUGCCUGUGUUUUACACACCUAUUCCUCAGAAUCUGAGAGUAGGUCUUGCUAAUAUAAGUGGGUCAGUGUUUAUAAAUAACAGGACGAGAGACAGUGGAGACUUCAGGGAUCCUUAUCAGGAUAAUGAAGUGUGCAGUGAGGUCUCGUCUCAUCUCUCGCUGCAGAUGCUGCUGUAUUUCAACAUGUUCUUCUUCCCCUUUUGGUGGAUUUCUGAGGUUGUGAUGCUGGAAUUAAAGUUCUCUUUACUGCCAACGUAUUACCAGUGCUUGUUGGUGACAGGAAUAGUGCUAAUUAGCAUAUUUGAAGUGUUGCGAGUGUAUCUGGGCUACAUGGGGAACCUCAAAGAGAAGGUUCCAGAGUUAGCUGGAUUCUGGCUGAUCUCCUUCCUCUUCCAGCUGCCUAUACUCCUCUUCUUCAUCACUGAUCAAGACAUCAUCAUUCUUCCUCUAGAGUGGGCCGUUCACUCUCUCUACCUGGCCUUCCUCCUGGCCGAGGUGCUGACGUCGUUUCUCGCCCUGCGGGUCAUGACUCGUAAACUUGCUCUGCAGUUUCACAUGAGACAGUUUGGCCCCAUCCAGAGUCUCCAUACAGGAGAAGCUCUGCCUCUGUUUGCACUUCAACAUGGGAGUAGGAGUGUGCUGCCUGUAAGAAACAUCCAGCCACACUGAGACAUCAUGUGUCCUCGAACUAUCAGCAUUGUGACCUUGAAGAAGAUAUUGGUUCAUAUGACUGCUGCUGUUAUUAGUGAACUGCCAGUCACAGAUUACUGAUCAACUACUGUUGUGUUAUGUGUAACAUAACUUGAAUAAGUAGACAUGUUUAAAAUGAACUCAAAUAAUUUUAUUUAUACAUCUAUCCUUAUUCAUUUGAACCCAUUUCUAAAUUAAACUUUUACUAUUUUUUAUGUAUUUAUUGAUUUAUGUUUUACAUGAUUUUUAAAUACCUUUUA